AACAGUUCCCAAGUGCAGUCCUCCUGCCCUCAGUGGGUGCGUAGGGAAGGACAGACAUAUCGAACGGACACCGCCCAGAGCCGGGAAGGGAGCUUGCGAGACAUCAUGCGUGAGAUUGUGCACAUCCAGGCAGGCCAGUGCGGCAACCAGAUUGGCGCCAAGUUUUGGGAGGUCAUCAGUGAUGAGCAUGGUAUCGACCCCACUGGCAGUUACCAUGGCGACAGUGACUUGCAGCUGGAGAGAAUCAAUGUCUACUACAAUGAAGCCACUGGUAAUAAAUACGUACCGCGGGCCAUCCUGGUGGAUCUGGAGCCUGGCACCAUGGACUCAGUCAGGUCUGGGCCAUUUGGCCAGAUCUUCAGGCCGGACAACUUCGUGUUCGGCCAGAGCGGUGCUGGCAAUAACUGGGCAAAGGGCCACUACACAGAGGGAGCAGAGCUGGUGGACUCGGUGCUGGAUGUGGUGAGGAAGGAGUCUGAGAGCUGUGACUGUCUCCAGGGCUUCCAGCUGACCCACUCUUUGGGGGGUGGCACUGGCUCUGGGAUGGGCACACUGCUCAUCAGCAAGAUCAGGGAGGAGUACCCUGACCGCAUCAUGAACACCUUCAGCGUCAUGCCUUCUCCGAAGGUGUCAGACACCGUGGUUGAACCCUACAACGCCACCCUGUCUGUCCACCAGCUGGUGGAGAACACAGAUGAAACCUACUGCAUUGACAAUGAGGCCCUGUACGACAUUUGCUUCCGUACUCUGAAACUGACCACCCCCACGUAUGGGGACCUCAACCACCUGGUGUCGGCCACCAUGAGCGGGGUCACUACCUGCCUGCGUUUCCCAGGCCAGCUGAAUGCAGACCUCCGCAAACUGGCUGUGAACAUGGUGCCCUUUCCCCGGCUGCACUUCUUCAUGCCCGGCUUUGCCCCCCUGACCAGCCGGGGCAGCCAGCAGUAUCGGGCCCUGACUGUGCCCGAGCUCACCCAGCAGAUGUUCGACUCCAAGAACAUGAUGGCUGCCUGCGACCCCCGCCAUGGCCGCUACCUGACCGUGGCCGCCAUCUUCCGGGGCCGCAUGUCCAUGAAGGAGGUGGACGAGCAGAUGCUCAACGUGCAGAACAAGAACAGCAGCUACUUUGUGGAGUGGAUCCCCAACAACGUGAAGACGGCUGUGUGCGACAUCCCACCCCGUGGCCUCAAGAUGUCAGCUACCUUCAUCGGCAACAGCACAGCCAUCCAGGAGCUGUUCAAGCGCAUCUCGGAGCAGUUCACGGCCAUGUUCCGGCGCAAGGCUUUCCUGCACUGGUACACGGGCGAGGGCAUGGAUGAGAUGGAGUUCACCGAGGCCGAGAGCAACAUGAACGACCUGGUGUCCGAGUACCAGCAGUACCAGGACGCCACGGCCGACGAGCAAGGGGAGUUCGAGGAGGAGGAGGGCGAGGAUGAGGCUUAAAUUCAGAACUGAAAGCAAGUUAGGGAAAGAUUUAGGAGGAAAGCAAGGGGGAGGGGGGCGUACUGGUGAAAUCUCUUGGCAGUUGAAGAAGCAUGGUAUAUUUAGGUGUGCGCUGGGUCUCUGGUGCUCUUCACUGUUGCCUGUCACUUUUUUCCCCCUUUUUUUUAAUUUUUAUUUUUUGUAAUAUUGAUGACAUCAGUGUAACAUUUGCGAUAGCUCUGAACUACUGUUGUAAUGGCUAAAAUCACAUAAACGUUUGUGUCCUUAAUGGUGUCUGCUCUUCUUUCUCUUCCUUUUUCUCUUUAUGGAGU